AAUCUUAAGGCGCGCGCUGCUGCGACUGCGAGGUGGCAACCCCCACGAGCCACAAGCCAUGUCCACCACCAAGAUUUGCAAGCUGCCGAGCGCUGCCAGGCUGUUCCUCUUCGUCGCGCAGCUGGGAUGGACAUGGGCACUGAUCCCUCCUUUCCCCGUGGCCGUGGGCCUCUCUGCCCGGCGCUACGACUCCAUCUUCAGCUUCGGCGACUCCUUCGCCGACACGGGCAACAACCCCGUCGUCUUCGCCGCCAGCUCCGUCUUCGACCCGUUCACGCGCCCGCCCUACGGCUCCACCUUCUUUGGCCGCCCCACCGGCCGCAACUCCGACGGCCGCCUCAUCAUCGACUUCAUCGCUCAGCGCCUUGGCCUGCCGCUCGUCCCGCCGUCCCUGGCGCACAACGGGAGCUUCCGCCGAGGCGCCAACUUCGCCGUCGGGGGCGCCACCGCUUUGGACGCCGCUUUCUUCCACGGCAGCAAGUUGAUUUUCAACACCAGUUUGGGCGUACAGCUGCAGUGGUUCGAGUCGCUCAAGCCUUCUCUCUGCCGCACAACCAAAGAGUGCGAGGCCUUCUUCGGCAGAUCCCUCUUCUUCGUGGGCGAAUUCGGGGUCAACGACUACCACUUCUGUUUCCUCACCAAGAGCGUGCAAGAGAUCAUGCCGCUCGUUCCAGAUGUGAUCAGGACUAUCUCAAUGGCCAUCGAGAGGCUGAUCAAGCACGGGGCGACGAAUUUUGUGGUUCCUGGGACAAUCCCCUCGGGAUGCACACCGCCGGUUCUCGCCUUGUUCCCCGAUGCCGCCCCGGCAGAAUACAACUCCACCACCGGUUGCCUGGAAGAUAUCAACAAGCUAGGGAUGCACCACAACCUGCUGCUGCAGGAGGCCCUUGACAAGCUCCAGGGCAGGCACCCGGACGCCAUGAUCGUUUAUGCCGACCUCUUCGGUCCAAUCAUGGACAUGGUGGAGUCGCCUGGCAAGUAUGGGUUUGAAGAAGAUGUUCUUACCAUUUGUUGCGGAGGGCCUGGGACACUUUUCUGCGGCGAUGAAGGUGCAAACCUGUGCGAGAAACCGGCUGCUCGUCUGUUCUGGGACGGCGUCCACUUGACGGAGACGGCUUACCGCUACAUCGCCGAUAUCUGGCUGGACAGCAUAGAUUCCCCUGCAAGACAGAGCAGAUAUCAGUUAGUGAGGUAGCAGAAGCUGCUCUGGUUCAUGGACUGAUGGCUAUAUGGAGUCUGGCCUGUCUGACUCCAUCAAGGACUUCCUGACCGAAAACCACUGGAAAUGGAAUGGAAUCAUGAAAGCUCCAAGAUAAGACUCUGAAGGAGUCACGCUGAACUCCGAGCAAAUUACACCAUGCAAGUUACAAAACCAGCGGAUAAAACCUUUUUAUGCUGAUUGUAAUACUGAGACACGCGGUUUAUUUGGAAACUAUUUCCUGUUCGUUUUAGAGUUAUCUGUAGUUGAUUGGAUGGAUCCGAUCUGGAAUUCGAGUACUGUUCGUUCUUCUAUGUCAUUACUCAAAUAUUCACCAGAAAUGUCUUGGUACUGUUUGUUCUUC